AUGUCACCACCGCCGGAGGAGUUGAGCGGAACACCGUUAGCUCAGGACCAUACUCCCAUGCCGCCGGGAGCCAUGCAAAUAACGCCGCCAAGAACGACCAUAAGAACCCCUACAGAGCCACAAGACUCGGAGAUGAGGGACAUCACUAUGAAGAGCGUUCGAAUAAGCCCCAAAAGCCCAACGGAGCACUCGCUAUACAGGAGUAGUAGGUCUGAACACCUCUCAAGAUUGCACCACGAGGCGCAAGCUCUGUUAUUAAACCCGAACGACAGGUCUUUUUCAGAGGACCCCACUGUAAAGAAAUACUUACCGUAUGCGCCUAGUUCGACUAAGUACGAACUGGAACCUGAAUUAGCUAAGGAGUACGAAUUCUUACCCAGCAGUGCUGUUUUAACCUCGGUAGUACGAUUGGAUAAACAAGCAAAUAACUUCCAAAAAAUUUACAGACGACUAGGAAGAGUGUUUUACAAGGUGGCUAUACCAGAACCCAAAAACAACCGGUACCCAUCCCGGGCAUGCAAACAAUGGGCGCAACAUGUACUGGAUUUGCUAGAUAAAGUAGUUACAUUUAGACCCACUUGUCGUAUCACUACUCAAAGAAUACCUGCUCAAGAAAUAAAUCAUUGGCCGGAAUACGGGAGGUUGCAUAUAGCGUUCAGCGAUCUAAUCAACAGAACGGUCAGCAACCAGGAGGAGAUAGACGCUAUGCUACCAUUACCACAAUGGCCGGCGCAGGAAUGCUUAUUCCAUGCACACGCCUUUGAAGUAGCGGCUGUAAGCUUCCGCGACCAGAUGGAACAAGCAAUCCAAAGGCUAUUCGAUAUCAUGAGUAAACACUCAAGCAACCCGGCGCACUCACCAAUAAUAUCAACAGGGGAAUUUAGCGACGUAGAUCCUAUGCAAGUCGAGUUAAGGGAUCUCACCAUGCAACUAGAUCCCGAAGCUAUGAUACUCGUAAUAGACGAGGCAGAAGCCACCAGAACGGACGAAAGAUCUUUCCCGGAGGAAAGGGGCGGGAGCGGUCAAGCCACGCAAGCGCAACAGCACAGUAGCGGACCAGCAGAUGCGUCUGGUAUAAUGGAAGAGCUCAUUCAGCAAAUAGGGGCAUUGCAGACGCAAACCCACAGUCUAGGAACUACGCCCCCUGGAGAACCGCCCAGCAAAGCAGGGACCAGACUAUCUACCACUAGAGUACCAAGCAAAGAGUCCCGUUGCUCCUCUUACCUUGCAAGGGGUGCUGAUAGGCCAAUGGAUAGCCCGGGAUCGAGAGUAUCAGCUGCCGAUAUUACGCAUUCAUCCUUCAGUCAGCGUUUGGCACAGUCUACUCAGUAUCCAACAACCCGUAGCUCACCAAGUCAAGUGGCCUUAAUAGAGGAAGACAGAGUACAUUGUCAGCCUAGAAGGCCAACGCCCAGACCUCGGUACGACCAAGUGCCCCCGGUUAGUUCCGAAGGAACGGCAACAUGGGUGCAUACUCCUAGCGGCUCGCAAGAGACCAGGCGGGAGCCAAGCGGGAGCAAUCGACUAGAUAAUAGCAACAGAGAACGAUUUAGUCAAUUAUUAGUUAGGCCGGUACCAAUUCCAUUCGAAGAACCAAGAUCGAAUGAGCAAAUACACAGCCGGGCGAGCAGUGAUAUCCCGUAUAGACUAAGUUCACCUUCCUCUAUUAGGGAAGAAGAACCAUUGGCUCCUACAAACCAGGCUCUAGGCCAAACCAAUACUAUAAUGUCGGUUAGAAGUGCCGCCACUAGAACCUUAUUAGGAGGAGGAAGUACUAAUAGGCGUGACGCACCGCCGCACGCAAAUUUCAUAGCCAAUCGAACUUCCUUAGGAGAGCCCCAAAUUCCAACGGCAAGAAUCUAUUCGGCUGAAGGAAGUGACAAGGAAAGUACAGAACUUAGAAACGAUCAACAACAAGAGACUGCAGGCGUUUCAGGACAAACGCGUCGAAUACCGCUAACAGAUUCAGCCAAGAAUGAGACCUCUAACGUAAGUCGGCGAGCAAAUUUCAUGGCACCAUUAAGACCGCAUUUGGCCGCCCGACCCGUUCCAGUAAACAAUCCAAUCAAUCGGGACGAAUUGCCGGUUCACAUCAGGAGUUGCAUGGCUAGCUCCCGUAGAUUUACGGAGUUAUUUCAAGACUUCCAGCCUAGAGAUCAGUUGAGAGAUCAAUUAGUACCCAUACAGGAAGGAGGGGGCGGGGAUGAUCCAACCGGGAAUAGCAAUUCCGGACCCAGCUCUAGCCGAAGUCAAAGAUCCUUUCCAAAUAGAGGUAAUGGACCGAGACCUCCGGAAGGACCAGGAGACAAUCCCAAUAAUGACCCGGUCGCUAACGCGGCAAGGGCUAGACCAUUCCGGCCAGCGCCCGUUCAUUUCGACACAAAACUGAAACCCGAAAUAAUACCAGAAUGGAACGGCGAAACAAAGGGACUGUCACGAUGGAUUAUAUCCAUUAAUAACAUAGCAGAAUAUAGUAAUUAUAUGUGCAUUCAAUUAGGGCAGCAAGUACCUUUAAGGUUUACAGGAAGAGCACUUAGGUGGUUUAACGCUUUAGAUAAGGCCUAUCGCCGACAAAUUACUAUCGAUUGGCCUAGCCUGAGGCGAGCAAUCACAAUUCAUUUCAUGAAUCGCACAUUCAUGGAAAGAAAUAAGGCCAAAGCUCUAUACGCUAAGUUUAGGGACAAAAACCACCCGCACGAGCUACCGGAGGAUUAUGUUAUCAGAAAGAUGGAAGCACUUACCAUCCUAAGCGACUGGACAGACUCAGAACUCAUCACGGAAAUUAUGAAUAGUGCUCCGGAACAUUGGGCGUUGUACAUCAACACUUCAGUAGUAACUACAUGGGAUGAUUUCCUAGACAAGAUAGCAUGGCACGAGGAAAAGCUACUAAAUCACGAGGGCUCCAACACCACGGACAUACAACGGCAAUUAAAUGAAAUGAAAGCGAUGCUACGGAAGCUAGACAACCCUCGGCAAAGCCAAAACCAAGUACGAGCGCAACAAACCAUCUCCAAGCCAAUAGGAUGGCAUAAGGGUAGUUCAUUGCCGCCAUACCCUAAGGACGACAAUACGGUCUCCAAAGGAAAAACACCUAAGGACAAGAAGGCCCGUCCUUGCAGGCAUUGCGGAAGCAUGAUGCAUUGGGACUGGGACUGUAAGUAUGCCAAGAAAAACUCCAGGAACGUUAGAGCACAAAUGGCGGAGGCCAGCGAGGAAGAGCGAGCAGCACAGGAAGCUUACGACGACUUGUGCGAUGACGCAUACAUGGAGGAAUCAGAAUCAGAAAGCGAAGAAUUGGAGCAGGAUUUUUGUGAACCCCUCCAGCCUCUGACAGCGUCAACUAACGCGUGCGCUUCCGAACCAUCAAGAAGCAAUGAGUCAAGCUUGGAGGGGGAAUCAGUCAGGGAAGACAAAGAAAAAGUGUUCUCUGGAUAUGUCUUACCCAAAUUGCCAACAAGAAGAAGUUGGGGUAAGAAACUAAAAUUGGCUACUAACACCUUUUCCAGUAUGAUAGGAAACGAAAUAACCUUAAAACGAUUAAUGUCGCAACCGCCCGGCACGGCUUUCUUUGGAUCAAAGGCAACGAUUAUCAAAGGAUGGGUUCAAAACUCAUAUGGACCCAAGAAACGAAUUACCUUUGACUCGGGAUCCGAAAUUACGCUGAUCAACAAAACUUUGCUUAAAAGCCUAGACCCGCCCCCUAAAGUGCGAACAGGUCAGAAGCUAAGGCUAAUUCAAGUUACGAGUAAUAGCAGCCUGUCACAAUAUGUAACAGUGCCGCUAGUAUUUGAAACGGAUAACGGGCCUGUUUGCAUGAUAGUAGAGGCUUACAUAGUACCUAAUAUGAAUACUCCGUUUAUUUUGGGAACCGACUUCGCAUCACAAUAUCAGCUAUCCCUAGUAAGAAGCGACAAAGGCACCAGAAUAGUGUUCGGGGAUACAGGCCGAUCCAUUCAAGUCGAAGAAUCUGACAGUACACCAAGAGUGGACAAAGAAGGAAAUUUGUUCUUAGUGGAAGUUGCGCAAGGAUUCGUGCAGAACGGGUUUAGAAGAUCACGAGCAAGGAAAGCAUACAAAAAGAAAGUUAAGGAGCAAAAUGUACCCGCUGGAUCCGCUAAAGUAAAAAUACUGCAAACUGUCACCAUACCGGCGCACACAAUUAAAUUGUUGAAAGUAAAAACCAAAUGGACGGAAGGGCAAGCCGAAGGCUUUAUUGAUCGAAAUUUCAACUUGCACCGGACGGGCAAGGAAGUUUUUGCGGUAGCGGACUCAGUUAUUAGUCGUAACAAUCCUAAAGUACAAAUAUCGAAUUUCUCAGACAAGCCGGUAAAACUACAAGCAGGGGAAGUUAUAGGAUAUAUGCACAACCCCAGGGAGUACCUAGCACGCGAGUCUAAACUGAGCAACCAGGAGAAAGCCGAUGUAGUCAAAUACGCUAAACUAGUACAGGCAGUAGCUAAUAGAAAACCCAAGGAGAAACCCACUGGCGAGAACGAGGAGCUGACUCGGAACCUGGAAGGAGGACCAAAGACCGCCGACCUGCUAGAGGAAGUACAAUUCUCUGAGCAUCUAACCAAAGAGCAGCGCCUCAAACUUGAAGCAAUAGUAAGAAGAAAUGAAUUAGCAUUUGGAUUGAACGGAAGAUUGGGAAACUACGACGCGCAAGUUGAAAUCAAGCUGAGGCCAGGCACCAAGGAAAUAUCUUUGGCACCCUACUCUGCGUCUCCUGCUAAGCGAGAAGUUAUUGACAGACAAAUUGAGGAAUGGUUAUGGUUAGAAGUGAUUGAGCCCUCUAAGAGCGCGUGGGGAUUCCCGGUAAUAGUGGUAUACCGAAAUAGUAAACCACGUGUAUGUAUAGACUAUCAAAGGCUCAAUGCCGUGAGCAUACCCGACGAGUAUCCGUUACCCAAACAAACCAAUAUUUUGCAUGCACUCGAAGGUGCUCAAUGGUUGUCUACUCUAGACGCUUUAGCGGGUUUCACGCAACUAAGCAUCAAGGAGGAAGACCGAGACAAAACGGCGUUUAGAUGUCAUCAAGGUUUGUUUAGAUUCAACCGGCUGCCGUUUGGGUAUAGGAAUGGUCCUCCAGCAUUUCAACAAGAAAUGAACGCUAUACUAGCUCCCUUCUUAUGGAUAUUUGCGCUAGUAUACAUAGAUGAUAUUGUUAUAUAUAGCACAAGGUUUGAGGAUCACUGUCAGCAUUUAGAAGAAGUAUUCCAAGCUAUAAUUAAAGCGGAUAUAACCCUAUCCCCAAAAAAGUGUCACUUAGGUUACCAAUUGCUGUUACUGUUAGGUCAGAAGGUUUCACGAUUAGGACUAUCUACACAUAAGGAAAAGGUAGACGCUAUAAUACAGCUAGAAUCGCCCAAGAACAUACCAACAUUGCAAACCUUCCUAGGAAUGAUGACUUACUUCGCUAGUUACAUUCCAUUCUAUGCGUGGAUAGUGGCACCACUGUUUAAGCUGCUCAGGAAGACAACUAAGUGGAACUGGGGGGAAACAGAACAAAAAGCAUUUGAAUUAUCCAAGCAAGCAUUAGUAUCAGCCCCAGUGAUGGCUUAUCCAAUAAUAGGAAAGCCAUUUUGGUUGUACACUGACACAUGCGACUAUGGAUUGGGAGCCGUAUUACAGCAAGUUCAGCCCAUUAAAAUCAAGGAUUUGAAAGGAACGCAAGCGUACAAAUAUCUAAAGGGUGAGUAUGAAAAAGGAAAUCCCGUCCCAAAGAUGGCUAUCCCCGCCUCCAAGCAAAAGGACAACGUGACCAAGGGGGAUAAAUGGGAUAGUAGGGACUUUGAAGAAACAAUAGUGCACGUAGAACAAGUAAUAGCAUACUGGUCUAGAAUAUUGAAAGAAGCGGAACGGAACUACUCACCAACCGAAAGGGAAGCACUUGCCUUAAAAGAAGCAUUAGUUAAAUUGCAAGUGUACCUAGAAGGGUCUGAAUUCAUAGCAAUAACGGAUCACGCCGCCCUUACUUGGAGUAAAACUUACAACAACGUAAAUCGGCGACUGAUGACAUGGGGAUUAGUAUUUUCAGCCUAUCCAGGUAUGCAAAUAGUACACCAAGCAGGGAGAGUGCACAAUAAUGCAGACCCAGUCUCGCGGCUCCAAAGAAGAAUACCUUACCAAACAGGGCCGUUAACGGACAUUUCAACGCCGCUAAAGCUAAGCCAUGAGGAAGAUCCUUUAAGAAAUAUGUAUAAAGAAAUAGGGGACAAAUUCGAGCAAGAAGUACUGGAAGUAGUCAGCGCAUAUACUAAGGCUAGCGAGAAAAGAAGAGACAGGCAAGAAGAAAACGUCUGGAUCGCAACUGCCGCCGGCCACAUUCCUUGUCAAAUAGCCAAAUCAUAUUCAAUUCAAAUAGCCAUCAGCCCAACCAAAGUAAAGAAGUUCACUCAAGCUUAUCUAAGCAACAAUCACUUCUCUAAGGUACUGACAGAUCUCCGAACAAACUCUAAUACGUCAAAGCCUACAUAUACGCUGUACAGGUUAGGAGACAACGGGCUAUUGUAUUUUGUAGAUAAUAAAGACAGGAGUCGCUUGUGCGUACCCAAGGAGCUACAGAUAGAAACGAUUAAAGAAAAUCAUGAUGGCCUUAACCAAGGAGCGCACGCUGGAUUCGCAAAAACUUAUCAGCGAAUAGCGUCCGUUUAUUACUGGCCCAAAAUGAAGGCCGGGCAUCGCCGGCACGGACCAAGAGGAUAUCUGCAAUCUAUACCCAUCCCGCAGCAGCCAUUUGAGGUAGUAUCCAUGGAUUUCAUCAUGGACUUACCACUUAGCGACAGUUUCAACGCCAUCUUAGUAGUAGUAGACAAGCUAACUAAAUAUGCGCAUUUCUUGCCUUGCACGACACAAAUAAAUGAAGUAGAAACGGCCAAAUUAUUCCACAAUAAUAUUUGGUGUCAGUACGGAUUACCCCGGCAAAUUAUAACAGAUAGAGACGCUAGAUGGACAGGCGCUUUCUGGGAGCAUCUAGUCAGUCUACUAGGCAUCAAACGUGCGCUUACUACCGCAUAUCACCCGCAAGCGGACGGGCAAACGGAAAUUAUGAAUCAGACGUUGGAGAUUGCAAUCAGGGCAUUUACCAACCCUAUGAAAGACAACUGGAAGCAUCUACUCGCAGGAUUUGCGCAUUCUUACAACACAAGUAUGCACACUUUGACCCAACAAACUCCAGCCUUCUUACUCAGAGGGUUUCAGCCACUCACUACAGAAGAUUUGCUUGCUCAAACGGCUGAAUAUAUUAAACGGCCAUCUAGAGAGAGUGAAUCGGCGGAGGAGUUUAAGGAGUCCAUAGAUACCGCGCGGGACUUAGCAAAAGACGCUCUCAAGAUAGCCCAAAAUCUACAGCAAAAGUAUUAUAAUAGGAAUAGAACUUAUAGUAUCUACAAGCCCGGCGAUCUAGUACUAAUUAAUCCGCACUUGCUAAGAUUGCUAAAGAAAGAAAAAGGAAAGGGGGAUAAGCUAAACAUGAGAUACGAAGGGCCAUUUGAAAUCUUAGAACGAGUCUCACCAGUAUCCUACCGCCUACGGUUACCGGGAAGCUACAGAAUCCACCCAGUAAUCAAUAUUGCGCACAUCAAGAACUACAAGCAAUCACCAAAGGAGUUUGGAAACCGGCCCACUAAGCAUAUACCUUGA